UUACUCUGCAUUACAGUGUAUACACGGAAGAGACAGAGAGCAGGGAGCAAGCACCGGCUCCAUCAGUGAGCAAGCAGCAAGCACAAGGAAGAUGAAGUCCUAUCAGAAGCUGACAACAGAUGUCCCCCAGCCGGCUGCAUCCCGCGUGGAAGAGGAGGGCGCGGAUGGGAAGCCCUCCUGCUUUCAGAAGCUGUCCACGUGGUGGCUGGGUGGGUGUCUGCUGGCAGUGGCCAUCCUCCUGAGCGCUGGCACCGUCUGGGUGCUCAGACAGGCCUCCAAGGGCCGGCACGCUCAGACGCCACCAGAGAAAUGCAGCUCGGUCACUGAGCCGCUGCGCUUUGACUGCUACCCCGAGAGGAAUGUGGUGGUGACUCAGGAGCUCUGUGAGGCCAGGGGCUGCUGCUUCAUUGAGAGGGACCAGGCCUCAGGCAGCAGACAAGGAGUGCCAUGGUGUUUUUACCCCCCCGACUUCCCCAGCUACGUCUUGGAAAGCCUGAAUCAGACGGAGCUGGGAAUGGUGGGCUUGCUGAGGAGGAAGGUAAAGGCCUAUUACCCCAGAGACAUUGAGACGCUGCAGCUGAGCGUGGAGUUUGAGACAGACACUCGGUUACACAUAAAGAUCACCGAUUCCAGCAGCCCUCGGUAUGAAGUCCCCCUGCAGGUCCCUCGGGCCACGAAGAGAGCGGAGAACCCUGCCUACAGCCUGGAUUUCUCCAGGGAGCCGUUUGGGCUGGUGCUGAAGCGCAGAGCAUCAGGGGCUGUGCUGCUGAACACAACUGUGGCUCCCUUGAUCUUCGCUGACCAGUUUCUUCAGAUUUCCACCACCCUCCCUUCCACAUUUCUCUACGGACUUGGGGAACACCGUAGCACCUUCCUGCACAGCCUGGACUGGAACACCCUGACUCUCUGGGCUCGGGACGUCCCUCCCACGGAGUCGUACAACCUGUAUGGAUCUCACCCGUUCUACCUGCUGCUGGAGGAAGGGGGAGCAGCACAUGGUGUCUUCCUCCUAAAUAGCAACGCAAUGGAGGUGGCCCUGCAGCCGGCCCCCAGCCUGACCUGGAGAACCAUCGGGGGCAUCUUGGAUUUCUACAUCUUCCUGGGUCCGGAUCCCAACAUGGUCAUCCAGCAGUACCAACAGGUGAUAGGUCUCCCUGCCAUGCCACCUCUCUGGGGGCUCGGGUUCCAUCUGUGCCGCUGGGGCUAUGGGACAAGCAAUGAGACCUGGCAGACCGUGAAAGCCAUGAGGAACUACCAGAUACCACAGGAUGCUCAGUGGAAUGACAUCGAUUACAUGGAAGGGAACCGAGACUUCACCUUCGAUCCUCAGGCAUUCAACACACUCCCCCAAUUGGUGGAAGACCUCCAUAAGCAUGGCCAGCACUACGUCAUGAUCCUGGACCCUGGGAUCAGCAGCACUAAUCCUCGCGGAUCUUACUGGCCGUUCGACGAAGGUUUGAGGCGUGGAAUAUUUAUAAAUACCACCGAGGGGCAACCGCUGAUUGGACAGGUGUGGCCCGGCCUCACUGCCUUCCCAGACUUCUCCAACCAGGACACACACCAGUGGUGGCUGGAGAACCUGAAGCGCUUCCAUGCUUAUGUCCCCUUUGAUGGGCUUUGGAUUGACAUGAAUGAGCCGUCUGACUUCAUGGAUGGGUCGGUGGAUGGCUGUCCUGCAGGGGACCUUGACAGGCCGCCAUACGUGCCUGCUGUGCUAGGAGGGUCCCUCUCUGCAAAGACUCUCUGUGCUUCAGCAAAGCAGAACGCUUCUGUGCACUACAACGUCCACAACCUCUAUGGGCUGAUGGAAGCCAAAGCCACAGCCAGUGCCUUGAUCCAAAUCCGAGGGAAACGCCCUUUCGUGAUCUCCCGCUCCACCUUCCCCAGUCAGGGCAGGUACUCAGGGCACUGGCUCGGUGACAACAGGAGUGAGUGGAAGGACAUGUCGUGGUCAAUCCCAGGCCUGCUGAGCUUCAGCCUUUUUGGGAUCCCGCUGGUCGGGGCAGACAUCUGUGGCUUCUCAGGCACCUCCUCAGAGGAGCUCUGCGCUCGCUGGAUGCAGCUUGGCGCCUUCUACCCCUUUGCCCGAAACCACAACACCCAGAAUGAGAAGGCCCAAGACCCCACAGCGUUCAACUCGGAAGUACGGACAGCCAUGAAGGAGGUGCUGCUGACACGCUAUGCCCUGCUGCCCUUCCUCUACACACUCUUCCACCGGGCGCACCUCCUGGGUGACACAGUCAUGCGGCCCUUGUUUUUUGAGUUCCCGCAGGACACGGUCACGUACUCCAUUGAUAAACAGUUCCUGUGGGGGGAGAGCCUGCUGGUGACACCAGUGCUGGAGCCUGGAGCAGACUCGGUGAUUGGCUACUUCCCCCGAGGGCUGUGGUACGACUACUAUACGGGCUCGUCUGUGAACAGCAGCGGGGAGAUGCUGAAGAUGGCAGCUCCGCUGGACCACAUCAACCUGCACAUCCGGGAGGGUGCCGUUCUCCCCACCCAGAAACCCGAGACCACCAGCGGGGCAAGCCGGGGGAACCCACUGCGCCUGGUUGCAGCUUUAUCCCCGAACGCUGUCGCCUGGGGGGACCUCUUCUGGGACGACGGUGAGAGCCUGGACACCUUCGAGAAGGACAACUACUCCUACCUGGUGUUCAACGUCACACAGAACGUCUUCACCUCCACUGUCCUGCACGCCAACGUGGAAGCCACCUACGUCACUGUGGACACGCUGACGGUCUAUGGGGUCCGGGGUCCGCCCACGAGAGUCACCGUCAAUGGUGAAGAGCAUCCCUUCUCCUACCUGGACAACCAGGUGCUCACGGUGAGCGACCUUCACCUCAGCCUGAGCCAGGGCUUCUCCAUCAGGUGGAUGUGAGAGCUGGGGCCUCCUGGCAUGGCCAGGCUGCAUCUGGGCACCGGAGGCUUAUCCGUCCAUCCGUCCGUCCAUGUAUCCGUGGGGCGCGGGCCUGUGCUUGCAUGUCUCAGGUGGACACAGACUGGAUUCCCAGCUGCUUCCUGCCCAAGCUCCCAGCACUGCCAGCCGGUCUCUACCCCUGCUCCCGCCUUCACCCUGCCGCUGCAGGGGCAGCACGAGUCCACGGGCCUCAGCGUUCAGCAGCUCCCCGGUACCAGGGGACACCGCUCUUUGCUUCAGCCCGCGGGGCAGGACACAGACACUCCAGGCGCCGGGGGGCUGUUGCUUCAGGGACAGACGAGGGGCCGGAUCAGUUGAGCCUCGUCGUCUGGCUGCACCGUGCUGGCGUCUCCCACGCCCCUGGCUUCACCGCCCCCCUGCAUGGCUAAUCUCCAAGGGCCCCACUCGUGUGUGUGGUGUGGGGAGGGGGUGUUGCAGGAGGCCUGGGGCUCUCCGCACCAAGUACAGCAUCCUCCCCUUGCUAACGCAGGGGCUGUGCGGGGAGCCCUAGUGUAGACAGGCCUCCGCGGGGCUGCCGGCGUUUCCCCCUGCUGGUCCGCUCUGCCCGCAGCGGGUCCUGCUGGGCGGGCGUGGGUGGAGACGAGCUGUCCGUGCCCCCGCGAUGCUCUGUGCCAAUCCAAUAAAGGCGAGCGGAGACCUGC